GACGGAGCGGGGCAGCAGCACGACGCACACGUACGGCUACAGGCGAGAUUUACCCACCUUUUGGCGAUUUAAUGCGGUUGUAAGCCGGUACGGACCUCCAUUCGGGGUGUUUUUGAGCGAAGAGGCGAUUUUUGGCCGUCUGGGCGGCCCGUGUGCGGGUUUAUUGGCUUCACCGUGGCUGUUGGAGGAGCUGGAGACUCCGGCGCGGCGCAGCGCAGCGCACUGCUCGGUUUUCACAGCGGAGAAAUAUAUCAGACUUUAGGCGCUCCGGAGACGCCAGGCGGCGGAUUUGGGCCGAUUUAACGUGGCUUCCUCAGUGUUUUCCAGGGAUUUGCGUGCUUUUUAUUUCCAGGAGCCAUGCGCCUACACGGGACGACCUGUGGAUUAACUACUCCAGUUCACUAGGACUGGAAAAAACGUGGAAGCUGUCGGAGUUUGGGCCGAAAACACAGCCCCGGACAGCCGCUGGGAGCGUCGGCAGGGAGGAUUAACCAGGCGUGUGCGGUGUUUUCUCCUGGAUCACUGAGCUACAGAGUGGCCUUUGGGCCGUGCAGGCCUCCACUUCUUCUGCCCCAACUGCCCCAGCCAGCGCUCUGAGACGUAACACCCCCACCCUCCCCUCCUCUGCUCUGCUCUGCUCUCCUCUCCUUACUCAACCCUCACAUGUGCGUGGAGCCGCGCACGGCAGCGCCAUGAAGACCUGCGUGCGUUUGUUUUGUGCCACAAUACAGGACCAUGUUAUUUAGCGCGAGCCCCGCGCUGAGGCGGAGACCGAGCCCCGGGGAGCUCCGGCGCUGAGGAGCAGCAGGAGGAGGAGCAGGAGGAGGAGAAAGCGCUCCACGCUGUGUUGUAGUUUUGUUUGGGCCGCUGAGGCUCCAGCUUCCCACCGGACUUUCUCUUCUCGGAGUUUUGCUCCUCCGUCAGCCGCCCGCGUGCUGCGUCUUGUCGUGAAAGCGCGUGCACUGCCGCGUUUUCUUCUUGUUUUUUCUUCUAACCGUUUCCAGCUCGAGGCGGGGUGAUGGUGGUGCGCGCGGAUCCGGCGGCUCGGCUGCUGCUGUGGGUGGCGGCAGCGCUCGCGCUUUGCCACUGCGGGACCGGAGAGAUCUGCCCCAGCAAGGACAUCCGCAACAACGUGACCAACCUGCGGCUGCUGGAGAACUGCACGGUCAUCGAGGGCCACCUGAAGAUCCUACUGAUGUUCAAGACUCGAGCCGAGGACUUCCAGGGCCUCAGCUUUCCCCGGCUGGUCAUGAUCACCGACUACCUGCUGAUGUUCCGUGUGUACGGCCUGGAGAGCCUCUCUGAUCUCUUCCCCAACCUGACAGUCAUCCGUGGCAACAACCUGUUCUUCAACUACGCGCUGGUGAUCUUCGAGAUGCUGCAGCUGAAGGAGGUGGGUCUGCACAGCCUGAUGAACAUCACCCGAGGUGCCGUGCGCAUGGAGAAGAACCCAGACCUCUGUUACCUGUCUACUCUCGACUGGUCCAAAAUCCUUGACUCUGUGGAGGACAACUACAUCGUGGCCAAUAAGAAUGAGCGAGAGUGUGGAGAUAUCUGCCCGGGCACCAUUGCUGGAAAGAUCACCUGCUUCCAGACCACCAUCAACGGGCACUUCGGAGAACGCUGCUGGAACCAGGACCACUGCCAGAGGAUCUGUCCAGCUGUGUGUAAACACAGAGCGUGCACCCACAGCGGUCACUGCUGCCAUGACCAGUGUCUGGGAGGCUGCUCUGAGCCGGGAAACGCCAGCGCCUGCGUGUCUUGCCGGAACCUCCUCCACGGCCACACGUGUGUGGAGCGCUGCCCGCCGGGGUACUUCACCUUUAAAGGCUGGCGCUGCGUCUCCACCGCCUUCUGCCAGGACCUCCACAACCAGUGCAAGCAGAAGAAGAGCAACGACUGCCACCAGUACGUCAUCCACAACGGAGCCUGCAUCCCAGAAUGCCCCUCUGGAUACACCAUCAUCGACUCCACGUUGAACUGUACGCCCUGCGCCGGUCUCUGUCCGAAACUGUGCACAGGAGUGCAGACCAUUGACUCGGUCACCGCGGCUCAGGCUCUGCGGGGCUGCACUGUCCUCAACGGCAGCCUGAUCAUCAAAAUCCGCGGUGGGAAUAACAUAGCGGCUGAGCUGGAGGCUAACCUGGGUCAGCUGGAGGAGAUCACGGGUUAUCUGACCAUCCGCAGAGCAUACGCCCUCGUCUCCCUCUCCUUUCUCCGCAAACUCCGGCUGAUCCGCGGGGAAACACAGGAGAACUACUCCUUCUAUGCCCUGGACAACCAGAAUCUGCGUCAGUUGUGGGAUUGGUCCAAGCACAAUCUGACCAUCCUGCAGGGCCGCAUGUUCUUCCACUACAAUGCUAAACUCUGCCUGUCCGAAAUCCGCAAGAUGGAGGAAGUGACUGGAACCAAAGACCGGCACACGAAAAACGACAUCGCCGUCCGCACCAACGGAGACCAGGCGUCCUGUGAAAAUCGACUCCUUAAAUUCACCCAAAUUCGCACCUCGUCCAAGAAGAUCCUGGUCAUGUGGGAGCCGUUCUGGCCACCAGAUUUCAGAGACCUGCUGGGCUUCAUGGUGCUCUACAAAGAAGCGCCAUAUAAAAACGUCACGGAGUUUGACGGCCAGGAUGCGUGCGGCUCUAACAGCUGGGUGAUAACGGACGUGGAGCCGCCACAGCGGGCGCCCCAUAGCAACAAGGAUCCGGGCUGCAUCCUCAUGCCCCUGAAGCCCUGGACACAGUAUGCCAUCAUGGUCAAAACUCAGCUCUCUGUCUCUGACGAGCACCAGGUCCACGGAGCCAAGAGUGAGAUCAUCUACGUCAGAACCAACGCCACGCGCCCGUCUGUUCCUCUGGACCCGAUCUCCUCCUCGAACUCUUCCUCGCAGAUCAUCCUGAAGUGGAAACCUCCCGCCGACCCCAACGGCAACAUCACUCACUACCGCGUGGCCUACCAGAAGCAAGAGGAGGACAGUGAGCUGUACAAGUUUGAUUACUGCCAGAAAGGAAUGAAGCUGCCAUCCCGGACCCCCACUCACUACAGCACGGAGGAGGAGCAGAAGUGGAACCAGACGGAGGAGCAGAGUCAGACCAGCAGCUGCUGUGCCUGCCCCAAAACAGAGACCCAGCUGAAGAAGGAGGCCGAGGAGUCGGAGUUCCGCAAGACCUUCGAGAACUACAUCCACAACGAGGUCUUCGAGCCCAAACCCUCCCGUCGUCGCCGUUCAUUGGGGAUAGCUAACUCCACCCACUCCACCGUCUUGGUUACACCCCCCAGUUUUCCCAACAUCUCCGCCCCCACCGUAGGGCCGGAGGACGAAAAGAGGAAACUGGUGAUGACUGUCAGCUCGAAGGAGUCCAUCGUCAUCUCCAACCUUCAGCACUUCACCAGCUACCAGAUCGAGAUCCAGGCCUGUAACCACCUCACUGAUCUCGCCUACUGCAGCAUGGCCACCUACGUCAGCGCCCGCACCAUGCCUGAGGCUAAAGCAGAUAAUAUCUUGGGCCCCGUGACUCAUGAGAUCCUUCCAGAAGAGCCGGAGUUUGUGUACAUCAGGUGGCAGGAGCCGAAAGCGCCGAACGGCAUGAUCAUCCUAUAUGAGGUCAACUACCAUCGGGUCUCUGAUAAUGAGGAGUUUCAUCACUGUGUGUCCAGGAUCAGCUACGAGAAGACUAAAGGCUGUAAAUUACGAGUGGGCCAUCCUGGGAAUUACAGUGUCCGAAUCCGAGCGACUUCCUUGGCCGGAAACGGCUCCUGGACUGAACCCACGUACUUCUACAUGCCAGACAAUUACAUGAACGUGAAGAUCAUCAUCGGCCCCGUUAUCCUGCUGAUCAUCCUGCUCUUCAUCGGAGCUGGAGCCUUUGUGGUUUUCAGGAAGAAGCAAACUGAAGGACCUACAGGCCCCCUCAUCGCCUCCUCAAAUCCAGAGUACAUCAGCGCUAACGAUGUGUAUGUCCCUGAUGACUGGGAGGUGGCGCGGGAGAAGAUCACGGUUUUGCGCGAGCUGGGUCAGGGCUCUUUUGGGAUGGUGUAUGAGGGCAUCGCGAAGGACAUUGUGAAGGGCGAGGCAGAGACACGUGUAGCUGUGAAGACGGUGAAUGAAUCAGCGAGUCUGAGGGAGCGAAUUGAGUUCCUCAAUGAAGCUUCAGUCAUGAAGGCUUUCAGCUGCCACCAUGUGGUGCGUUUGCUGGGUGUGGUUUCGAAGGGGCAGCCGACACUGGUCGUCAUGGAGCUGAUGACUCAUGGAGAUCUGAAGAGCUACCUGCGCUCCCUCAGACCUGAUGCUGAGAAUAACCCCGGCCGGCCGCCGCCGCCCUCGCUGAAGGAGAUGAUCCAGAUGGCAGCGGAGAUCGCUGACGGCAUGGCCUACCUCAACGCCAAGAAGUUUGUGCACAGAGACCUUGCUGCUAGAAACUGCAUGGUGGCCGAGGACCUCACUGUCAAGAUCGGCGAUUUCGGCAUGACGCGUGACAUUUAUGAGACGGAUUAUUACCGUAAAGGAGGGAAGGGUUUGUUGCCGGUGCGGUGGAUGGCUCCAGAGUCUCUCAAAGAUGGAGUUUUCACCGCUCACUCAGACUGCUGGUCGUUCGGCGUGGUUCUGUGGGAGAUCAGUACGUUAGCAGAGCAGCCUUAUCAGGGCCUGUCCAACGAGCAGGUGCUGAAAUUCGUCAUGGACGGAGGAUAUCUGGACCAGCCAGAUGGCUGCGCCGAGAGAAUGCACAACCUGAUGCAGAUGUGCUGGCAGUACAACCCGAUGAUGCGGCCCACCUUUACCGAGAUCAUCGGGAUGCUGAAGGACGACCUGCAUCCUUCCUUCCAGGAGGUCUCCUUCUUCUACAGCGAGGAGAACAAGCCUCCGGAGAGCGAGGAGUUCGACAUGGACUUCGAGAACAUGGAGAGCAUCCCCCUGGACCCCUCAUCUUACUCGCAGAGGGAGGAGGGCUUCAGCCGGGACAGCGGCCCCAGCGUGGGCCUGAGGGGCAGUUACGAGGAACACGUGCCCUACACGCACAUGAACGGGGGCAAGAAGAACGGCAGAAUCCUCUCUUUACCCAGAUCCAGCCCAUCCUAACGUCUCCUCACGCUUCGGCUUUCUAAGUUUGUUUUUUUUUUUUUUUUUUUUAUUUUUUUUUUUUUUUUUUUUC